AUGAAUAACAAAUCCACCCAUAAUCCCAGGCCAGACGCUAAACGUAGCAACUCCUGGAGAUCCUUUCUCCGGCCGCCGCCCAAAUCGCCCGUCCCUAGCAGCAGCAGCACCACCACCAACAACACCAAGGCCAACAAUAACAACGUCACCAAGGCUAAAAAUAGCACCACGCCAUCUCCAACCACAACCACAACCCCCUACCAACCUCACCCUACCCCCAAUCCCAACCAGCACACCCGGCAGCACACCCAGCACACCCAGCACAACCAACAUACCGAACAAACCCACCAAAUCUGGCAAGCCCAAGAAACCCUCCGCACUUUUAUCACCGACACCUGGCCGCAACACGCCUCUUCCGUCCGUAUCGAAUGCCACGUUCCGCUGUCUGCGCUUUAUCCCCUUCUCGGUCAGCCGCUUAGCAACAACAACAACAACAACAUCCUAAAUAUCCACCUCAGCAAGGAGGAAAAGGAGAAGAAGGCAAAAGAAGAAGAGGAGAAGGGUUUACAAAUCUGUCGACGUCUAGUCCGUGUUCCAGGGCCGUUACACGAGGAAGUGGCAAAGGGAGUGUGGGUGUUUUUAAGGGGGUUAGCCGCUGCCGCCGAAGCCGCUGCCGCCUCCGCUGCUGCUACUGCUGCUGCUGCUAAAACUACUACCGAGGCUGUGGAAUAUGAGAAGGGGGGAUCAGGAUUCGGGCGGGAGGAGGACCGGACGGUGUUAUCUAGCCAGGAGGAGGAUCUGACGGGGUUGUUGUUGGCGAGCCAGGAGGAAGGGAGUGGUGUGUCGCGGGGGAAGGGGAGGAAGGGGGUUGAGGCUUUUGGGGGGUUUUUUUCGAGUAAGGACAGUAAGGAGGGGGUGAAUGAGAAGGGGGAGGACAAGAAGAAGAGGGGAAAGGGGGGUGAGAAAAAAGGGGCACGUCCUGGGUUGAAAAGGGGGGUUCCGCAUAAGGGGAAGUGA